GCGGGGCCGCGGUAAACACCGAGCGCCGCGGCGCGGGCUGAGCGGGGAGACCCCGCCCUCCGCGCGCAGAGAACCGUCCUCGGCCGCCCGAGCCCGGCCGGUGCUGCAGCGCCGCCGAGAGCGGCCUCGGAGGCGGCAGCCGCGGGAGCGACCCGGGAGGUGCUUCCCUGGCAGGGCCGAGGCAGGAGAGGGCGAGACCCCGAGCAAACUUUACAGCGGCUUCGGCCGGGGGCGUCUGCGGCUGCGGCAGCGGGCUCCGUCCGCGAGCAGAUCCCGGGCCCAGGAGCUGGUGCGUCCGGCCGGGAAGGUCUGGAGCCCCAGAGCUAUCAUCCUCUGCCCCUCCCACUCUUCGCAGAAAGGAUCUGCUACAAGACUGAAUGUGUUCACUGCUUCGAGGACCAGGGACCACGGUGGGAUUUGCUGUGCUGCCAUCUGCAAACAGUAGGUUGGGUGCUUCCUGGUGCUAGAUCUUAAGUGUGAUUUGCAUCCGCUGAAGGUUGGCUGCCUACCAGUUGUCCUGCAACUUCUCGGCUAUCUUCUCUUAUCUAGUUAAGACAUUUCGAAAAUGCCUUAACUCUGAGAAUUUCUGUUUUAUCCUCAAGAGAGUCUUAGAUUUCAAGCUGUUUCAGGUGGGAUAGCAACAUCUUUGGGGGAAAGAAAAUUGGCUUCCUUUCCUGAGAGCGGUGAAUGUACAGCAGAUGGUUGUCCAGGAGGAACCGUAGUCCGAUGGAGACCCUCUAUGUUUUGUACUAGGAAACAGAAUCAGUUGUAAGAGUCCAUGUUGAUCUUGGCAGUAGAAGGAUUAAAAAAAGUUGAGUUUCCACAAAGAACAAGAACUUUACCAUCUCCUUUUUGGUCUGAAGACCGGAGGACAAUGGAUAUCAUAGAGACAGCAAAGCUUGAAGAACAUAUGGAAAACCAAACCAAUGAUCCUGCGAACACUUACACAAGACCCGCUGAACCUGUUGAAGAAGAGAACAAAAAUGGCAAUGGUAAACCUAAGAGUUUAUCCAAUGGGUUGCGAAAGGGCACCAAAGAGUACCCGGACUAUAUCCAAAUUGCUAUCCCCGUGGAAUCGAGGAACCAAUUUCCCCUAGAGUGGUGGAAAACGGGCAUUGCCUUCGUGUACGCUCUUUUCAACCUCGUCCUGACAACCGUCAUGAUCACGGUUGUGCACGAGAGGGUCCCUCCCAAGGAGCUCAGCCCUCCACUCCCAGACAAGUUUUUUGAUUACAUAGAUCGAGUGAAAUGGGCAUUUUCUGUAUCAGAAAUAAAUGGAAUUAUAUUAGUUGGAUUAUGGAUCACCCAGUGGCUAUUCCUGAGAUACAGGUCAAUAGUGGGGCGCAGAUUCUUUUUUAUCAUUGGAACUUUGUACCUGUAUCGCUGUAUCACGAUGUACGUUACUACUCUCCCUGUGCCUGGAAUGCAUUUCCAGUGUGCUCCAAAGCUCAACGGAGACUCUCAGGCAAAAGUACAGCGGAUUCUACGGUUGAUUUCUGGUGGCGGAUUGUCCAUAACUGGGUCUCAUAUCUUGUGUGGAGACUUCCUCUUCAGCGGUCACACAGUUGUGCUGACACUUACUUAUUUGUUCAUCAAAGAAUAUUCGCCUCGUCACUUCUGGUGGUAUCAUUUAUUCUGCUGGCUGCUGAGCGCUGCUGGGAUCAUCUGCAUUCUUGUAGCACACGAACACUAUACUGUCGAUGUGAUCGUUGCUUAUUAUAUCACAACACGGCUCUUUUGGUGGUACCAUUCCAUGGCCAAUGAAAAGAACUUGAAGGUCUCUUCACAGACUAAUUUCUUGUCUCGAGCAUGGUGGUUCCCCAUCUUUUAUUUUUUUGAGAAAAACGUACAAGGCUCAAUUCCUUGCUGCUUCUCCUGGCCACUGUCCUGCCCUCCAGGCUGCUUUAAAUGGUCUUGCAAGAAGUAUUCACGGGUUCAGAAGAUUGGUGAAGAUAAUGAAAAAUCUACCUGAGGAGCAAAACAAAGGCAUCAGCUCUUAGACCAAAAGAGUUAUCGCUAUAACCAAAGGUAUAGUGUUUUUUUUUUUGUUUUUUUUUUUUGUGCUGUACGCGGGCCUCUCACUGUUGUGGCCUCUCCCGUUGCGAAGCACAGGCUCCGGACGCGCAGGCUCAGCGGCCAUGGCUCACGGGCCUAGCUGCUCCACGGCAUGUGGGAUCUUCCCAGACCGGGGCACGAACCCAUGUCCCCUGCAUCAGCAGGCGGACUGUCAACCACUGCGCCACCAGGGAAGCCCUGUUUUUGUUUUUAUUUUAGGAGAACUGAUUGCUAAAUGAAGCAGACCAAAUUUUGUGCAAAUGAUUAGGAAGAUGAACGAAGUAUUACCCUUUGACUGGUUUUUUAUUCAUCCUGAGAAAGUUAUAUUCUCCUGCAGGUAUUCAUUCGUUGGUCACAAGUCCUCAAACUGGGAUUUUACUAAUGAGCUUGUUUAAAGAGGUGCCAGAGAACAUACUACUCCUUCCCUCAUUCUUUCUCCACUAAAGCUCUCUACUUCAGAACUUUUUCAGGAAUUUUUUUCCCUCCAAGGUCAAAAGAAUUUGUUAAUGUUUUAAAUAAAAAUCUGAUAUAUACGGCCACUGUGUAAAUAGAAUCACCUAAUGUUGAGAGUGAUUUUUUUUUUUUUUUUUUUUUUUUUUUGCGGUACGCGGGCCUUGCACUGUUGUGGCCUCUCCCGUGGCGGAGCACAGGCUCCGGACGUGCAGGCUCAGCGGCCAUGGCUCAUGGGCCCAGCCGCUCCGCGGCAUGUGGUCUUCCCCGGAUCGGGGCACGAACCCGUAUCCUCUGCAUCGGCAGGCAGACUCUCAACCACUGCACCACCAGGGAAGCCCGGGAGUGAUUUUUAGCAUUUAGGCUUAUCAGUGAGGGGGAGAUCCAUGGGUUGUGAGUGAACUUCAGGUAAACUUUGUUUCUGCUCUGUCAAGGGGAAGGUCAGGGUCAGGUCUGGGAAUAUGCGCUGCUGCUACCACCCAAUGUACUAUAUCACUUUCACUUUAUUAUUUUUUUUAACUGAUAAUUUUAUAACUUAAAAAAAUGAACUAAGUAAAUAUAGUAUUUGACACACCCACAGAUUUUUACAUGUGUGUAAAUAUUUCAUUUUAAGAUCUCUGUUGCAGACAUACAGGAGACAUGGGGCUAUUUAUGCUAAUGAGGAGUCCUUCUGCUGUCCACCUGGUAACUUUGCACCUGUGCCCCCAGAGCAGUCAACAGUGUAGCACAGGCUGAACACACAUAGCUGCAUGAACUGAUGCUCAUGCCCUUGUGGGGAACAAGCCUGUGUUUCUCUCCCAGGUCACGCCCUGUGUGAGGUCUGUUUUAGAGCUGCAAAUUGGAACUCAGAAAUACAGUUGGUCACAUUUCACUGAAACCCAUUUCUUCCUAGUGACAUUGUGCUUUAUGGAAAAACCAAGAUGGAAUCCAAAAGUUUAAUGCAUCCUUGCCUUUUAGCAAGAGACUCCGUUUCUUAUGUACUGGUCCUAAGGACACAUACCACAAUUGAGUAAUUUUACUUUGACCCUAAAAUUAUACCACGGUGCUGCACUAUAAUCUAUGGUUGGAAUUGGUGUGUUAGUCGGUUACAGCUACUCAAUAAAGGGGAAUAAUAGUUUCUAAAGUUCCUUCAGGUGAUGCAAAAAAAAAGAAAAGAUGGAUUUUUAAAAAUCUGACCAGAUGUAGUGCAUUAUUUAAUGCUGUUGAAUCUUUUGGAUAAUUCUUGGCUUAAUUUCUUUAGACUUCUAGUAACCGUAGGAAAAAAUUUAAGGUCACAAAGUCAUCAACACUAGUCAGAGAGUGGAGAGGCCAGGGGGGCUGGUAGGAGGCAGUUACAUUUAUACUGAAGGUGAAAAUUUCUCCCCACUUAGAAUGAAAAACAUCCCUAAAUUUGUCAUUGUAAACAAGUCGGCCUUGAUUCGGUACACAAAAUUGACCUUUAAAUUGUUGGAGAGAAGCACAAUACAGAUCUGUUCAGAAGGGUCAUCAUCCUUUGGUGCUAAAAUUCUGUAUAUGUUUUCAGUAUGGCUCUUUCUCUGUGUAAAAAAGAAACACUAAAGGUUGAAUUCAAAGGCAGAAAGACAGACUAAUCUGGUUAUUUACAACAAGAAUUGAAACCCUAAACAUCCUUGGCAGGCUUUGGAAUGCAAGAAGUUUUUCUGGUAUUUAUUAUUAAGUAAGUCAGUAAGAAACAUGUGUAGCUUACCUGCUGUGUUUAGCUAUAAUUCUACAUAAUUUUCACUUAUUUUCAUUUGUUAAAUAUUGACAUCUGCGAUAAGACAAUGUGUUCUACUUGAAAACACUGAUUUUAAAUUUCUUUUGUCUAAUUGUGAGGAAAAGUAUCUGAUACGGAAGCCUGGGUUUUGCUCUCCUAACAUUGGUGUAUUCCUUGAGCCUCGAAUUCAAAUAAAACAACCUGCUAUACCUUAGAGCCUUAUUCAGCUGCAUCUUAGAUAACCCAGUCUUCUUCAAAUUAAGUAAGGAAAGGUGUUUAACCUUUAAAAAUCAUGGAGAUCCUUGAUUGUUGGAGAUCCUUGAAAACAGUAUAAACCUUGCAUUUUAGUCAAAUAAUCCUGUUUUGUUUUUUUUUCACAUAAUACCAUCACCUUUUAAAGAACUUUAAAAACAUCUAUGACCCCAUUUGUGGACACUACUGCUCCCGUGUUCUUUACAUGUAUAUGUCAUAGCUCUCUAAUAAAUGCUGUGGAAGCAUGUGCUAUGAAAAUAAGGGGGGGUGGGGAAUAUCAAAGUUUCAAGAUGGGAAAAUAAAAAACCCACUUACAUUUAGAAAAGCAAACUUCAGUUUCAACCCAACAUGCCACUUUGGGAUAUAAAACAUAAACAAUUACUAGACUUACUGUGGUGAUCAUUUCACAAUAUAUACAAGUAAAUCAUUAUGUUGUAUACCUAAAAUUAAUAUAAUGUUAUAUGUCAAUUAUACCUUGAUUAAAAAAUCAUAAUUAUGAGCUUGCCUUUUGAAACAAUAAAUUUUUGGAACUCCUUUUCCUUGCUAAUCAAUCUAUAAGAUCUUAUUCGUUAUCCUUGUUUUUGUAAGCCAGUACUCCUGUUUGAAGCUUUUUCUGUGAUUAAGUCCUCGGUGCAGUAUUUCUAUAAUAAUUUCUGUAAAUGAUGCCACAUUUUUUUCUAAAUUCUUUCAAAUGAAAAUAAAUUCCUUUCAGAUUCUAUUUUUUUUUUAUCUCCUCCACUAGCUCUGAAAAUAAAGCCUUCUUACCUACUCGGUUCCACCCAAAGUAAUUUAGAAUUUGUUAUUUAAUUUACUGGCAUCUUGGGAAACAAGUUUUGCUGUGGAAGGAAAGUGGUAGUGAACUAGCCCGAGUUUCUAGUCUUGGUUGAUGGAUGACAUCGCAAAGGUUCUUUGCUGUAUAGCAGUGCCCCCUUGUGGAAAUACCUUAUAUGACUUGGAACACAAAUGCCACUUUUUAAAGUGUAUUUUCGAGUUUUGAAAGGCAUUUUAAAAAUUAUUUUUGUCAAUAAUCUGAAAGCAUCAUGCAAAAGGAUAAUUAUUUUAAAGGCAUUUUAAACCUUUCCCAAAGGGAAAAUGUGCUUAGGUCACAGGGGGUUGCGAUUCUAAUCUUUUAUAAGUUUGAUCAAAGAAAACUUGCGGACAGUUUUUACCUCUCACCAUCACAAUCAUUAAUGUCUCCCUUUAUAACUGCCUAUACUUUGUUUACUUUGAAACACCAGGUUGGCUGUCUUUCUUGUGUGUGUGUGUGUGUGUUUUUUUUACGUGCUAGAACUCAUGCAGUUUCUUUUUCAGUCGAGAGUUCACAUCUUGUUCCUUGAAUAUUUUGAACAUUUCUUUUAAAAUUCUUUUAUAAAAUUUUUUUGUUUUGCACUGUAAAACUGAUUAAAAGUUUAAGCUGGUCUUAACACACUCACUUCUGUAGUGUAAGGAAGUAUGAGAAGGAAUUUCUUAAUAACUGAGUUUACAUGGUUAAAUCAAGCAUAUUAUAGUUAAUAUGCCCUGUGUUAAAGGCUUUUCUAUUUGUAUGUAUAGAGUCCUUUUUAUUAAUGUCAUUGUGUUGCAAUAAUUUAACUCCUUUGACUUACUUGCUAAAAAUAUUUCUUCUAUUAAGAAGUGCUCUUGACUUCAAUACCUAAACACUGAAAAUCAUGUCAAAAGGUACCCAAAGAUAAGUUUUUAUAUAGAUACACAUCUUGUAAGUUGUGAUUUAUUUUAUGAUUCAUUUAUCUA